AUGCACGACUGGAAAACAACACCACUUUUCAAAAGCCCUUUCAAGAGCUGCCCGUUCCAGAAGGCAAAGAGCCCGGCCUCCUUUUAUUAUUCUGAUCGCUUCUUUGAGACGCUCCCCCUCCUCUUCACCUCCCGGCUUUCUUUCCUUCUCUCGCGCUCCCCUUCUUUUAUUAUUAUGAUUAUGCGCAGCCUUUUAUUCCCUUUCAGAUCAGCUGCAUGGAAAGGGGGGAGGGAGGGUAGGAAAAAAAAAUCCGAGCGAGCUUGCGAGCCGGCUGCAGAUAACACAAUGACGCGUGCCCGCCCGGCUCUCGGAGAGGGACCCGGAGAGCCCGUCUGGGAGCUGCGGUCCGGGCUGGCCACCUCUACCCAGCACGCCCGCCAAGGCGCAUGCGCGUUUAUUAAUAUUCAUGAGGGGCGUGCCCGACUAGGGCACGCCUCCUCUCCUCGAUUGACGGGGAGGGGAGUGCGGGAAAGAACUUGGAUGGGACCGGGGCUCCGGAACGCGCAGGGUGGCAGAGCCUACAUACUAUGGCCGCAAGCGGACCCCGCCCUGGGGAGUUCAGGCGGGCGCGUGGGGAGAGCGCGGGUCGCUCCCUCGGGGCCGACAGUAGGAGCCCCAGGUGUAGGAGCCGGGGCGCUGUCGGAGCGGGCUGCUUCCGCCUUCCAGACCGCCGGCGUCAGCUGCGGCUCUCGCCCCCGGAGGAGGUCCCGCCCGCGGGAGCCCGGCCCGCUUCCCGGGGCGAGCGAGCGGCUGCGCGGAGCGCUGUUUUGGCGGCGGCGAGGCGGGCGCACUUGCCGCCGUCUGCUCGCCCGGCGGAGGCGAGCUGGGCAGAAGUUGCUGGGACCUUUGCACAACUUUCCCGGAGCCAGGCUGGCCGCAGAUCCGAGGGAAAGCCUCGGCCGCGCGCCACGCCUUCCGAAUCCAAGUCUGCGGAGCCUCGGCAGGCUCCCAGCUUCCUCUCCAAACCAGGCGGGGUCGAGGGCGGCGGGCACGCCGAGGCCCCACCAGGCUUGCGAAGGGCUGGCAGCAAGGUCGGGGGGCUUGGGCACCCCGGGCCGCAGUGCCAGGAUUGCACCUGUAGGCGGCCUCCUAGCCCCUCUCUGGGUGGCAAGACGUGGGCCUGGGAAGGACCAUCUCACCACGCCUCCGACUGCCGAGUUCGACUUCUCUGGGGUGGCGGUGGAAACUGAUGCCAUUUUCCACCUUGAGGCUGGCCUUGCAAUUAGUAGCGACACCCCUGGUUAUAAUCAAGGUCAAAAGAAACCCGCGGGCCGGCUGAAGCCUCUGCCAGCCUGUUUCCUAGCAGGUUUGCUUCUGGUUUAAGGGGUGCUGUUUAACAAAAGAGACCUGAGAGGUGGACAGAGGUUUAACCCUCAUACUGAGUAUGUCCUGCAGAAAAGCAUGACCAUUCAGAAGUCAGUAUGGGGCUCCAGCCCUCUUGGGCUGUUAGGCUAUGAAUUAUUUCCCUGGGUCAAGGGAAAAUAGGUUCCAACGUGCUGAGUUAGGAGAGCAUAAAAAGGCAGGUGUGUGUAGUAAUCCACUUACUGCAUUUGAAGAGAAGCUAAACUAUGAGCAGUCUUUUCAGGGCCAGAUAUUCUGGAGUACAAAAAGCAGCUGACUGAUUUAAGAUUCGGUGCAAAGCUUCCAAGGGUAGUUUAGGAUUCGUGACAGCUGAACAAAUCAACGCACCUGAGAAAGAUACUUUCUUAAAGGAAAUAGGCACCAUCUCGAGCAUUCGUGAGCAAAUUAAUCCACAUUUGGGGAAGGACAUAGCCAAGACAAAACAGGUUUACAACUGGUCCUGUUAGCUGGUUGAGGCAGCAGCCACCUGGGCGUUUUCUCUUGCUGCAGUCUGGUGCCCCCUCCCCAGACUGCCCAACAUGCAAGGCGUCCAGUAAUCAGGAACCCUGCUGACUUUGCUGGCCAAAGUUUGUGUAAACACCAGCCCCCCACAAACUUUCUACUCAGUCUCCCAUUUGGGGUGCCUCUGGGUGGGAGCCAGGGUCAGCUGCAGUCCUCUGGCAGAUGGAGCCCAGAUGAUGAACAGGAAAGAGAAUAGAUUUCUGACAGGUUUAAUCAGGGGCUCUGACCCAUUAACAAAACACAAAAUCAUCAUGUUCUCAUAGCAGAGUCCCUCACCCUUUCUGAGCCUGGGAACCCCAUUUAGGGAAGAUGAUUGUGGGCUAUAGGGAAUUCUUUUAAAAAUUUCAGUUGGGGCUCUUCCAGAGUCGGGACUCCCCCAAAAAGCCAGUCGCAUUAGAGUAGCAGGUAUGGAAUGGAAGCUGCAUCCACCACUUCCUCAGCGCGGCCCUGGGGAAUGGGGAACUGGGGCUGAGAGCUGAAACAUGAAGAUACCCACCCACCCCACCUCACCACUCCCCGCCUCGCCUUAGCUGCCUUUGAACCUUACUUUCCAACUAUAAGCAAAUGUCCCAGAAAAAUGUUCUGUGAAGAAUGCCUUAGACAUCACAGGCACACACCUGAGAGAAAAGGAGGAGGGCACUUCCUGGACUGUUACUGUUUGGUCCAUCUCACAUGAUCAAAUCACAGCCAUCCUUGGAUAACUUUCAGGAAAGAAAAAAAAAAGCCUUCAUUCUCUAUUCACAAAGCUUACUCUACUUUUACUAAGUCAUCAACAUACAGCAGCCUUGAGGCCCCCCCCCCAGGAAUUAAGAGCCAUUCAACUUUACUGUAUUUAAAAAUCACUGAAUCAGCUGAAGUCUCUGGUUAAUCAAGACUGUGAUAAAAUCAGCUAAUCAAUAGUGGUUGAGAAUUACUGUUGCAUGUGGCAACACAGGUAAUUUUUUUUAAAAAUCGUGAUGUGAAAUGUCAGGUGUAAAGACUGUAACCUAUAUGGAUUGACUUAUGUGAAGCUUUGCAGCAGGGAAAACCAAUCUAUGGCAAUUUUUUUAAAAAGUCACACAAAAAUGAUUUUGGAGGGAGGCAGAGAUUGUUAGGGAUUUCUCAAGGUUCUUCUAAGAGUGAGGUAAUGUCAAUCUUGAUGGGGGUUUGGGUUGCAUGCAUUUGUCAAAAUUCAUUAACUAGUAUAUUUAAGAUUGAUGUAUUUCAUUGUAUGUUCAAAAGAGAAAAUGAUUGUAAAUGAAUAUUGCCUCAAAGUCACCUAUGUGAACAUAGAAGCAUUUAUGGUAACAAGUGAUGCCUGCAACUUCAUGCAUAAAAAUGACCAACUAGAAAGCAUGGUAAGGUGGAUAAACUGUGUGCUAAAACAAUAGGAAAGGGUUAAGGGGCAUCUAGGCAGCAUACUGGUGCUCGCUGAAAAAUUAUUUCAAAUUUCUCUAAAUCCUAAAAUGCUCAUAAAAGGUUGAGGGAAAUAUUUACAUGCUAGGGACUGUGGCCAGGUGCCAAGAAUACGGUGACGGUACACGUCGUAGGUGAGCACCCCGAAGAGUUUAUUUGAAAGGACUGCGGACUGAUGACAGCCUGAGUUAUACUCAUGAAGAAAAAGAAUAUGGGCUUUUUCUGCACUAUUUUUUUACUAAUUCUUUUUCCUUGUUUGAGCACUGCAGAAAAUGCAAGCUCAUGUGUCUACUCCACAGGGAGGAUGCCUUUCUGCACAGCCUCCUCACCAGAACCAAAGGGUACCUGUGCCCUGCAACUGGACCUCUCGAGCCCUAUUACCACCCCAGUGACUGGGUCAGGCCUCCCAUGGUAAACAUAGUGUCUGAAUGUGCAACCAUCACUAUGGUUCUUCUCAUUCUUCCCUAUUUCAAGAAAUUCUGCAUAAAAAAAUAAUCUAUGGACCACAAAUUAGACAUUAAAAGUCAAAUUCAGAUGACAGCCCCCACAGCCACCCCAGCCACCCCACGAAUUUAUUCAAGAAUAAAUUGAGUAGACCCAGCCAUAGUUUUUUCAAAGCUUUGUUUUACAUACACAAAAAUAUCUGAAUUAAUGUUUUGAAACCAAAACCAUGAAUUUCUUGUUUUAUCAAGAGUAGUUUUCUGUGGGAUCAUUUUAAACGUAGUUCUGGUUUUGCCUUGAGAUCAAAUAUUUAUAAUUUUGCCCACCCUACCCCAAUUCUAUAUCAUGGUCAUUGUCAGGGUAAUUUGUCUACAUCUUCUUUAACAAACCAAUCACAGAAGUCACCAAAAACCCAAGAUGCAAAAUCCAGGAGCCAUGGGAUUAAUACCCACAUUUUACUUUUUUGAGUUAAGAACAAAUGUUUGUGAUUUUUUACAGUUCUAUUGACGCCGCAAAGUAGGGACAUGGUCCCACUUAUAAAACAUACUCUUUUCAUAUAUUUGAAUGUUUUUUGAAAAAAGGAAAACCCUAGGUGUAAGUUGCUGUUAAAUUGGUUUCCUCAAAAUGACUGGAAGUGACUCACCUGCCCUCCUUUUCACCAUGCCACAGUCUGCUUUGUGAGUGACACCUGAGUGACUCAACUCGUGGACAUUCUGGGAUAGCUGUUCUUCCUUUUAAAAAAAAAAAAAAAAACUAAAUUAGUUCAUUUGUAAUAGCUGACCGAUUCAAAUGCAGUCAAAAAUUUUCUAUGAUUGUAAAAUGUGAUUGAGUCCUUACAAGCCUCUGUAUCUCCUAAAAGGAAAUGCAAAUUACACUUCCUGAAACAGGUAGUCUUUGGAAAGUACAAUCCAAUGAACUAUACAAGCACCUUUUCAUCUCACUUGCACCUGAUUUUUCCAAACAAAUGUGAAAUCAAACCUGCCUCCAGAUUAAAAAAAAGUAGUGGUUUGUUGGAACUUAAGACAAGGAGAGUUAAAUAUAUUUGUCUAAGAGAAUUUCAGAACAUGUUAACGUGAGAAUCAAAGACAAGUGAUUCCACCUGCUAAGGCCAGGAAACCAACAAGACUUCAAAUCACAGUAUUUCAUGCUGGGGUUAAUGGUCCUCAAUAAAUUACACGGCCGUGUCUGUGUUUGACACUUGUGUUCUCAAGCCGGUGGUUUCUUUCCUAGUGGCUUUCUCCAAGUUAGAAGUUAUAAGGAACGCAGAAAAUUAAUGUUUACAUUUUCAUUUGAAACAAUAAAAUAGUUAAUUUUAUUGUUUUAUGUUGAGCUUUUAAAGAAAGAUAAAGGAAUGUUAGUUUCAGCACAGAAUUAUCAGCAUGAUAUAAAUUUCCAGAUCUUUAGAUAUUAAUCCUAAUUUGGUUUACUGACACCCAGAUUUUUAUCAGUGUCAGUCAGAAAGGAUUUCAGAGCACCAGCAAAAAUUCUCUUUAUUUUGGAGGUACAUAAAGGUAAGGCACAGGAAAACUUAGAAUGACUAUAAGGCUGAAAGGUUAAUCUCUGAAAGGUGAUUUCUUUAUGCGUUGAAAAGCCAGAUAAAAACUAGAAAAGUCAGCUACACUAUUUCAGCAUGGCUUGGCUGAAAUUCAUGUGAGGAGGGGCUGAGUCUUUACGAGACCUCACAUGUAAUAUGCUUUAAUAAUGCUGUUUGGCUGUUAAGAAGGAUAGGGCUCAGUCUGAGACUGUAUUUCAAGAAAUGUAGGAGCUUGGCAAUCAGAGAAAAACCAUACUCCCUUUGUAUCUUGCACUAGCCUUCACACAGCUGGAGGGCUCUGUUCAGGCCUGGGAACUACUUUUUAAAAUUGUGAUAAAAGACACAAACCAUAAAAUUUUCCUUACCGUUUUUCAGUUUAGUAGUAUUCAGUACAUAGGCUUUGUUAUGCAAGAAUCUCUAGAACUUUUCAUCUUGCAAAACUGAAACUAAGCCUAUUAAAUAGCAAUUCCCUUUUUUCCUCUCCUUCCUCCUGGCACCUGGCAGCCAAUGUUCUAUUUUGUCUCUGAAUCUGACUACUUCAGGUACCUCAUGUAUGUGGUCUUGUACUGUCUUUUUUGUGAUUACUUCAUUUCAUCUAGCAUAGUGACUACCAGAUUCAUCCAUGUCGUAGCAUGUGUCAAAAGUUCCCUUGCCUUUUGAGUUGAGUUCCAUUACAUAGUUAGGUCACUUUUUGUUUAUUCACUUGUUAGACUCUUGAGUUAACCUUUUGGCUGCUGUGAAUAAUGGUACUAUUAAUGUAACUGUGCAAUUAUCUCUUUGAGACCCUGCUUUUAAUUCUUUGGGUAUUUAUGGGAACCACAUUUAAGAGUAAUAUUGACCAACUGGGUCAUCUCCAGAAAAGGGCAGGGAAAGGUCUAAAUACUAGACCUUUUAGCAGAGCAAUUAAAGGAUUUGGAGGAUCUAUUUGGAGAAGUUCUAUAGAGGUAUAGCUGCUGUCUGCAGCAUUGGAAAGGCUGACCAGAAAUGCUGCAAAUGGCAGAUAAGGCUCAAUGCCUGGAGUUACAGGGGAUUUUAUUCAAUCAAAAGACAAAUUAUGUUCCCUUAACAAAACAGGAGAAUAUGAGACCCCUUUGGGGAAGGUAGUUAAACAGAGACCACUCAAGACCAUUCGCAGCAAAGGAGAGAGAGAGAGGUCCUGUCCAAGAUACAUCGAGCCAGGUGAUUUUGAUUCUAAAUGAUACAGAGGUGGUCAUCAUGGCUUGGUCUUGUUACACUCUGACCCUUGCUCUUCUAAGUGCAGUCUGAGGAGCAAUGACUUUGGCAUCACCUGGAGGCUUGAUAGACAUUGAAAAUCUCAAGCCCUUAUCCCAGAAAGCCUGAAUUAGGAUCCCCAGGUGAUUUACAUGUACAUUAAGGUCUGACAAGCCCUGGUUUAAAUUCAUCAAAUACUGGGUUGCUCUAUUCUUAGGUAGGAGUUAUCAAAUGACCUUACACUGAAUAGUCUUAGCCCAGAUAAUCCAUGACCAGUCAUCCUCUAGUUGACCUAAUAGCUGACCACAGGACAUAGACGAAUGAACACGUCCAGCUGAAAUCAGCCUGAUAGGAUUGGAUCAGCAGAAUCUUCCAGCCAGUCCACAGACUUGUAAAAAAAUAAUACUUGAUUCUUUUAAGUCAAAUUUGGGGCUGGUUCAUUGUGCAGCACUAUUGUAACAAUAGCUAAUGAUACAGCCUCUGGGAGGGGGGAGGAUUUUAAAAAUAUAAACAGGGCCACUACAUGUUAGCUUGCAGCCAUUCAGUAAAUGGUAAUUACAACUAGUAAACUGCUGUGGGCUACAUGGAGCCUAGGAUAACCAAACUAACAGCCUCCACUUGAGAAGAAAGCUGAAAUCUGCCACGAGAAGCAUGAGGAGAAGCAUGAGAAGGCUGGAAUCAUCCAGAGUUCCUCCAAAGAUCAAAGGAAAAGAUAACUGAUAGAAUAUCAGUUAUGCAAGAAAUUUUGGCUUACAGGGUAAGAAGUGGGAGAGUUCACAAUGACUACCUAUGAGCUGGAAAGUCCAAUAGCUGCUCAGUCCAAGAAUCUGCAGAGUGAGAAGAAUCAAGGAUACAGCAAUAGUCCAAGUCAAAGACCUGGAACUUCCUCCCAAAAGCCUCGUUGGUGUGAAUCUGGAUUGUAAGGCUGAUGAAACUAGAGGCUAAUGUCUGCAGACAAUGGCAGUGAAAGAUGUACCAGCACAAGCCAAACGGAGCUUUUCAAAUGCGUGCCCACUCCUCCUUUCCCUUUCCUUCCAAUCAGGCUGGAAGCCUCCAGCCGAGAAGAGUCAGAAAAAAGAGACCUAUCUCAGACCCUUUGUGGCUGUGCCUUGAUGGUGAUGGGGCGAUGACAAGGCCUGGAGCAGAGAUGAACAUCAUGAACUAGAGGUGUUGCUGCCAGCUGACAGAGGAGGCCUCAACUUUUAUCCUGUGCAGUGGGGAAAUGAGUCCAGCUGUUUUGCCAAGAGAAAAAGAUACUACGAGAGUACUCUGUUAACUGAAAGACCCCCUCACUGGGAGUGAGCCAAUGCAAACCAUUCACUGCACUCGGAAUGUUAGAUGUAUCCCCAAAAGGGAUGUGUGUUCUGAGGCCACAUAAGAUGUAUAAUAGCCCCAAAUAAUCUCAUCAGUGUUCAGCCACUGUCUCUGAACCCUAUUUUCCCUCUUGUGUUUUGCUCUGUGAUGCCGGGGUUGAGCCUAUUACUCUCAUUUAAGCUUUGCCAUCUUCUGCCAUUAGGAGUACCAGACAGACUCUAAGGUAAUUUCCUGGGUGAUGCUGACUUCGGGUGGUCCAAGAACCAUGUAUUUGGAACUACUGCACUGGACAAAGUGCCCCAUCUCCAGUGAACUAGUUGUACUGUGACUAUCAUAAGGAUCACUGGAAAUAGUCCCAAAUUAACUCAGUUGACAAAUGAGUUAAUAAUGUUUUAAAAAUAAGGUAGGGCAAGGUCCUGUCCAGGGCAUUAUCAAUUUAUCACUCGUCAGUAUAGUAAGAAAGGAAGUGAAGUGUGUUUCUCCAUAUUUCCUUCAGUCUGAGCAUGUUGUGUGCUCCUGUUAUGAUUUAUAUCUGAAUGUGCCCCCCAAAGCCUUAUGUGAUCAUGGAUCAGGCUGUGUGUGUGUGUGUGUGUGUGUGUGUGUGUGUGUGUGUGUGUGACAGUGACAUACUCAUCAGUGGAUGAGUCCAGUGAUGAGUUCAUGGCUAAAUGUGAUGCUAAGAGCUGAAACCUGCUUGAAGGAGAUGGGUCACUGCAGACAUGACCUGGAAGGUCUGUCUCCCUCUCCGGCCUUGAUUCCUCUCUCUGCUUCCUGCUGCCAUGCCAUGAGCAAGUCCCCCUUUCCCAGGCCCCUCUGCUAUGCCACCCUGCCAUGGGGCCAGUCAACCAAGGGCUGAAACCUCUGAAAACUGUGACACAAAAUAAACCUUUCCUCCCUUAACUUGUGGAUGUUUGGUAUUAUAUCUCAGCAAGGAGAAAGUGACAGCUGCUGAAUGGCAGGCUAGACGUGCUCCUGGCAUGUGAUAGACCCACACAUGUUGGACAGGGACAAUGAAAUACUUACACUUCAGUGGCAUUUGAAAGUAUCUUUCCAUUUGGAAUGGCUGAUCUUGGGAGGGAUGGGUCAAAUUUGCUCUUGUGUGUUUUGUCAUGCCAACAAAUGAAAAUAAAAACUCCAAAGCCUCCACCUGACCAAUUUGAGCAGCACUGUAAUUUUUCAUACUUUUCAUAAUAUACUUUUUUCCAUUUUCUGACAGUGAAAUGAUCCUAACUUGUUCUUAACAAAAUAAAAACAUAAUGAACAAGAGACUUGCUUGCCGCGUGUCCCUAGGGUUCAUACUCAGCUUGGGGAGUCAUGAUGUGAGAGGACCCAAAGAGAUCGCAGAACACUAGGGUCCAAAGUCCUGAGGCGAUAACCUUAAUGAAGGACAAGAAAACAGAAACACUAAAGUUUAUUGAAAUGCUGCUACAAUGGAAGAACAAAUUCUCACCAUUGAGUGGCUAAAGCCAGUAACAAGGACACAUUUGUUUUGCUGCGGCUGAAACCUUCUUACCUCACACACGUGUAUGGUGGGUGAUCCUGGCUGUCCCCUGGAACUGGGAUGGUUGGGAGGAACACUGAUAUGUGACCCUUUUGCAGAGCAUGUGUUUCUGCACUGUAUGGUAGUUGGGUUCCUAAGGCUGAGGAAUGAGAGAGAAAUAGAGGACAAAAAGAACACUGCACAGAAACAUUUUUAAUGACUUGGAAGUCACCUAGCACCACAACUGUCAUGUUCUACUGGUUCAUUAGAGCUGUCCAAAAUCCAGCCCAGAUUUAAGAGGAGCGAGCACAGACUUCAUCUCUCAGAGCAAAGAGUAGUAAGGUUCAGAAGAGUGUGAGGAACCAGAAAUACUGUUGUAGGUAUAUUUUUCUGCGGAAAAAUUAUCUACCAUAUCUAAUCUGCACCGUUGCUAAGUUCCAGAUGGCAUUUUUCCAUGGAACAAUUUUAUUCCCACUUGGUCUCCAUUGACUGGAUCAGAGUCAUAACCUUGGACAUGAGACCUGGAUCAGUCAGGUUCUGACCUGAUCAAUAAUUUUAUCAAACUAGAAAAGUGCGCUGGGGAUUUAGCUCAGCGGCAUAAGCGCCUGCCUUGCAAGCAGGCAGGCCUGAGUUUGAUCCCUGGUACACAUAAAAACGAAAAAGACAAAAAAAACAAAAAAAACCAGAAAAGUGAGAUGCUGUGUUUCUGGAUCUACAUCUUUUUUGAGGAUCAAACUCAUGACCGCCAGCUUGCAAGGCAGGUGCUUAUGCCGCUGAGCUAAAUCCCUAGCCCCUGGAUCUACAUCUUAAGCCAGUAUGCUUUGUUGGCUUCACGACUGGAAUAUAGCAGCACAAUUUGUAAUAGCUAAGUCUUGGAAACAACCCAAAUGCCCAUAAACUAUAGAAUGAGUAAAAAAGAUGUGGUAUUGUUAUACAAUGGAGUACUACCCAGAUAUAAAGAUGGAUAAACUUGAGCUUUUAUAGAUAAAUGGAUGUAAUUUGAGAUCAUAUUCAAAAGUGAAAAAAAUCAGACUUGCAUGUGUAAACAUCAUAUUGUCUCCCUAAUAUAAAAAAAUGAAAGAGUAAACAAGAUCCAAAAUGAGCAGCAGAUAUUGUGAAAGUGGAAAAAACUGCUCAAAAGGAAAGAACAACUGGGAUGGAGAAAAGAAAGGAAAAGUGUGUGUGUGUGUGUGUGUGUGCAUGUGUAGUAGAUAAUUAUACUACUAAUCUCUAUUAGUUCAUCAAAAACGGUUUGUACUUUCAUUGUUCGAUCAUUUUCAUACCUGUAUCUUGUAAUCUGAGCCUAAUUUGAAAAUAACAAUAUGCAAUAUAUUAACCAUUGUUAACCUCCUAUUUUGUUUUGAAAUUCCAUGUCAUUAUCUUUAUUUUAAAAUAAAAAAACUGAACUAGAUACUUCUGUAUAUAUGCACAGGAGAGAAUAAAGACAAUAGGUUGGAGAAAAAGGAAUGAAAAAGGGAAAGAGAUACACCACGUUUGUUCCUGACAGUUUUUCAGCUUCCUUGUGACGUCCACUGGACUUCAUAGUUUUGAGCUAUGGGGCACAGCGUUGUAUAAAACCACCCUCUUUCCCAUACACAAGUGUAUGCGCAUUUCUGUAGAAAUCUGAGUAGACUGUAGGGCAGGAGACAAGAGGUCUUUGAGAGAGGGGUUCUCCUUGUACUCACUGGCAGGCAGGCCUCCCCGGUGUUCCUGUGCAUCUGUCCUAUGAUUUCUGCCCUUUGGUUUUGUGCUACUUAUCAAGGGUGACCCCACCCUCCCCACCC